CAUGCAUGCGCAAUGCAUGGUGGCGACAGGGGGAGGAGAACGAGGAGGACGAGGAGGACGGAGACGACGAGAGGCAGGAGAGAGAUAUCAGAGAGGUUGUACCGAAGGCAUGGUCUUGGAGCUGGAUGAAGCAUCUGCCGUCGUUGCUCGACGAGAGCUUGUUUCACAGUGAUCGGAGGGACAAGGAACUUUCUUGUCGCAAGGCAGAGGCGUGGAAUACCAGGGUUGCUUCAGUUGAUUCAGAAGCAUCGUAACACUGAGGACGAGGACACCUAACAAGCCGCUCACAAGACUGGGCUAAGGAACACGGAAUCUAGGAUUUGAAGGAAGGAAAUAUGGAUAUGGUACCAUCUCACGGGUGGAAGGGAGCCUGAGCUGAACGGAAAAGACGAGACGAGAAGACAUAGGAAGACAAGCAAGCAGCAGGAGAGGUCGCAGGGGCGUGGAGAUUUGCAUAGAAGUAGAGGAGAAGGCAAGAGUUGAACGAAGACGGGAGUGUACACAAGUCCUGUGUUGGUGUGUAGAAGGAUGCGACCAAGUCCGAUCUCCUUCCGAGAGCUGAGGCUAGAGGAGGUGGUUGUGAGGAAGCACAUCCACACGGCAUGCCUGUUCCUCCUCGCUCUCGUGGCGGCAGGAACCAUCCUUGUACACCUGCGCAGCGUGCUGAUACCGUUCGUGCUCGCCAUGGGCCUUUUCUACUCCCUGGUCCCGAUCGUCGACAUGCUCUCCGACCAGACUUGGCAGAGGACCCCCAGGGCGCGGACAGGAGCAGUAGGUGUAGUCCCUCCUAUCGUUGUGGUCUCGGAGUCGAUCUCCUCUCUCCUGCAGUGUCGGCUGCCCAGGCCCAUGGCGGUGGUGGUAGCACUGAUGUUCGCAUGUGUGCUGAUCGCUAUGAUACUAGUCGUAAUCUUCUCGUCGGUGAAUGAGCUAGCGGCGCAUGCGGAGCGAUACUCGGCGCGGGUGCGAUCGAUGGCGGACUGGGUGAUCAGGUGGGGGAAACUGAUGGGUAUGGACAUCAGCAACCAGGGGAUAGCAGAGAAGCUUCUGCACCACUCGGCGUUCCUGAGCGAGAUGGUCGUGAAGAGCGUGAGCCUGGCAGUAGAGGAGAUGACGAAUGGCUUCUUGAUGCUGCUGUUCACCGUGUACCUGCUCCUCGGGUACGCGUCGAGCCCCCCGGAUGAGAAGAGGGUGAGUGGAGUGAGGGCAGAGAUCGACAUGCAGGUGAAGCGCUACAUCGGGUUCAAGGUUCUCCUGUCGACCACCACCGGCAUCGUCAUCGGAAUUUCCUUGCUGAUCCUCAAAGUCGACCUGGCACUGGUGUUCGGCCUCCUGGCCGGGCUCCUCAACUUCAUCCCCAACGUGGGAGGCGUGAUCUCGACCCUCCUCCCGAUGCCUGUGGUGAUCUUCGACCCCUCCAAGACCUGGCUCGACAUCUUCCUUGCCUUCGCCAUCCCCAGCUUCGUGCAUGCCGUCACCGGCAACAUUAUCGAGCCGCGCGUGCUCGGGGGCGCGAUGGACCUCCACCCGGUCGUGGUGCUGCUCUCGCUGAUGCUGUGGGGGUCCUUGUGGGGGGUGGUCGGAAUGAUCCUCUCGGUCCCCAUCACUGCAGUGAUCAAGAUCUGCUUGCAGAGCCUGGACCACCCGCUGCCUCGGUUUCUUGCGGGGAUGUUCGAGGGAAGGGUUGAAUCGCCCGGGGAGCCAAGCUUCUCCUACUCUCAGAUACCUUCGAGCUCGGUCGAGCAUGAGAUGAUCGAAGUGAACGUCGUUCCUGAUGUUGCAAGAAGCCCGGAGGACAUUGACGAGAGCAAGAGUGACUUUUAUCCGGCCGCCCGGCCAGUCACCUGCGAUCUCUCGUGACCUCCUCUUAUUCUUUCCCGUGCUGCCGACGAUGUACAUUAACAGAAGAGAUACGAUAAGAACGCAUAACGAACGUUUGUUUGAACAGUAAUGAAGUCAAAUU